AUGUCGUCGAUGAUGCCUUUAGGCGGGAACGGUGCUACCGUCAUCCCUUCACAAUCCGCCACAUCGCGAGGCCUGCCUUCCAAUCCAGCCCAGGGCGUCCGACGACUGCAGACGUCCAUAUCCAACAUGCCUCCCCCCCCGCCGCCGCCUCCCAUCCCCGAGAAGUUCCAGGCCGCCAUGAACUCGGCCAACUCGACCCUCUCGGCGUCCGGCCCCAUCUCCGCCGGCCAGGUCAUCGCCGUUGCCCGCGAGGCCAUGAAGAGUGCUCUGCAGGACAACGAGUCCCAGGCAACGGGUCCAAACGGAGUCUCCUCCGAGCUCAAACCGGGCGUUACUAUCGACCUGAGCCGGAGGAACAUCCAGGAGUUGCCCGAGGAAGUUGUCGACAUCAUCAAGAACGAGCUGGAAAGGCUCGCGCUAUCACACAAUAAGCUUUCCUCCUUCCCUGCAAGGUUCGCCGAAUGCACGUCGCUGCGGUAUCUCAACGUGAGGAACAAUUACAUCAAGGAGUUCCCGCUACCGUUGUGUGACCUCCGAUCUUUGGAAAUUUUAGAUCUCGGCAGGAACAAAAUCAGGGUCCUGCCCCCGGACAUUGCGAAGCUGGCAUCGCUUAAAGUGCUUGCCGUUCAGAAGAACCGGAUCGAGGAAUUGCCCCUUUGCUUGGGCGAUAUGGGCUCGUUGCAGGUGUUGAAGCUGGAUGGGAACAACAUCAGCUUUCCGCCGCGCGAGGUCCUCCAGGUACAGGCGAGCAGUCCUCCCAAUGAGGGGUUCCUGAAGGAAAGCGAAGUAACCGAUGUGACGGUGACGGUCCACAUCAAGAGGUUCUUGAAGCAGAAGAUCGUGGAGAAGGCCGAGGCCGAAAAGACAUUCGAGGUAGAGAAUGGUGGCGACGAUGGUGCUGAUGGGUUCGAAACACCCCGGUACCCGCUGAAGCGUGUGAUGAGUGGCCGGUUUCCUAUCAAGGUGAACGGCGUGGACGCCCCCGACGUUCGAUCGCCGAACAUGCCUCGACCGCCGCCGAUUCCCUCUCGCUCGCACGCCCGCGGCUUGUCACAACAGAACACAGCCGUCCGCAAACCUGGCGUCAUGCCAUUGACGAUUGGCAAUCCAAAUGAACGACUGCGCUCCAAUAGCGAAACCCUGCUGCAGGUAUCGCGGUCGGACCGUCCUCUCGAACGCCCCAGAAGGCUCAUGUCGAAACGGGCCAACGAGCUGGGCACACUUGAUGAGACGCAAGCGAACAACCGAUUCAGUCACUAUCGUGGCCUCAGCCACGGCUCAUCCAUGACCGGAAACGUCCACCCGGGUAUGGGAUCUGUCAUGAGCCCCAAUAGCCCGGCAGAGCCUCUCCUACAACGACCGAAUUACGUCCGCCGGCUGUCCGUUCUCCCCGAGCAGCGGCGCGAGUCCAAAAUGGUUGACCCCAUAGUUGAGACCGCCAAGGGCAUCCUCUAUGCUGUCUUCCAAGUCCAUCCCAUGAUCCAGCUGGUCACAAGGCUGACCAAUGACGGCACCGCCAAGCGCUCCAGUCUUGAAAUCGUCUUUUUCAAUACUAAUGUACACGUCGAGGAACUGGAGCAGGAGAUCAUGAAACACGAAGCAGCCGACUCGGAUGGGUAUGCUCCAAGGGAGAACGAAAACGUGCAGAGAGCUGUCCUGACGCUCAUCAAUGCGUAUGGCCACAUUUGCUCCAUCAUGAUGAACAACAUGGAUACCAUUGUUAGCAACGGGGACCCCCGCUAUGUCCGCACCUUGAUGUUGUGUCUAUACAACAGCAUUACGGAGCUCAGGGUUACGGCCAACGAAAUGUUCAUGGGCAUGCCCGGAUACAGUGCAGCAGCGCCUACGGCUCGAAAGCUAGGCCCCGGAGGCACCAUCAAACCCCACUCACGCGAUAGUUCUGCAACGCCGACGAUCGAUCGACCAGGUCUCGGACCUCGGCCUCGAUCUCGCAAUGGCAACUUCCACAGCCAUAAUCCGAGCAACCUUCGGGUAUCUACCGACGUGGGAAUGCCCUUCAUUAACGGAACUGGUCGGACUGCAACUAUCAGCUCCGCGACCCCGCGCUCGGGCGAGUCCUUCGCAUCCAGCGAUGGCGGCCGGUACGCGGGCGACUUCUCCAACGAUGAGCGCCAUUUCGAGAAGAUCUUCCUAUCUUUGUCCAAAUCGUCCGACAUCUUGAUGCGGACACUGCCCACGUUCAACACCCAGUUCAACGCUUUCUUGCGCGAAGCCAGAGCGCAACGGGCUCCGGAACAUAUUAUGCAGUGUUGGAAGGCUCUGAUCGGGAGGUGUAGCCAUGCCAUCAACCAGACCGACCUACUCAAGGGCCGCCUAUCCGCCAUCAAAUUCAAAGAACCCGGCAUUCGAACAGAUCCGGGAUUUUGGGCCCUCUGCAAAACCUUUGUUGAUGCGUGGGCAGACUUUGGAAGCAUGCUCAAGUAUGCGAUGGACCAGAUCGCCCUUCCUAUGGAUAUCAGAGCCCGGUUACGUCCGGUGCAACUGAGCAUCAAGGAGACGACCCAGCUCAUCAUCGCCUCUCCAUGGGUCAAUAUCUUCCGCAAUGCUGGGCAGACGAUGGACGGGAACACAUACUACUCGCCAGGCCACUACACGUCUAAUUCUAAUGUCACCCAAGCGCAACUGCCGGUGACGCCGCAAAGCGCUGCUUUGGGGCCUGCUGUACAGGCUACUGUGCCCUCGACGCCGCAAAGCGCAUCUUUUGCUAACGCGUUUUCGGGCAAUGUAUUCGAACGCGCCGACACCCUGUUAUCCACCAUGGGAGGCAUGUCCAUGUCACGAACCGGGACGAUGGACAGCAGGACACACUCAUCGUUCAAUUCGAUCUCCUCGAUGACAUCGGCUCAGGACGAUCGAUCCGGGCCGGGUUCGGUUCUCAGCCCGCACAAUGACAUGGGUCCUGCUACAUACAGACGUAACGGCAACAGCGGUGGCAAGCCUGCGUUUUAG